AACCGUGACGCGCAGGUGUAGUGCUCCCCCAUAAGUACCAGUGGACCGGUCCGAUAACUGCACCAUUACUUCAUUGUUUGAGCACGGCGGGCUUGUUUGCAGUUCUAUCGAUGGGUGAAACGGGACACUGCUGGGAAUUUCGUGUAAGGUUCUCUCACUAAACCAUCCAGGGGGCAAGUAAGGUGUUGUUGGAAGUAUUUCUGACAGAAUUCACCCAAGACUGGCCUUGAAGCGGAAGAGGAACACCGCUGUCGUCUGCCAGAAACAACAUUGGCACCACGGACCGACCUGUGCCCACAACUCAAGGUGUGAGGGGGUUUGUUUCCAACGAACCGUCGGAAACUGGAUUGCUUUUGACUCCCUAAUUAGAGUUGGCGGAGCCACUUCUGGACUUGGAGAGUGCUUUGGAAGAACUGGAAACCAGAAGACGUUGAAGAGGUUCCAUAAUAUCGAGCAGAAAACGGGAAACAUAUAACGGUACAUCGUCAGUCUGUCACCCCGGGGCUAUUUGACUGUCCCGUGCACUGCUGUAGGUACAGAAGUGAAGCAAACACAAAACACCAUGUUGUGGAGACAGACAGUUGUACUGGGUGUGGUCGGCAUUCUUCUUGGAACAGGUGUGCAGGCCAACCAGCCUCCAAUCUUCAUUGACGGAAUGGACUACGAACAAAUUCCUGAGGACACAGCAGUUGGAGCUACAGUGUACACCUUGAGUGCAACUGAUGCGGAUAGUGAUACCCUGUCGUAUGGAGUAUCAGGACAAGUCUCAAACAACCUGUUUAUCGUUGAUUCAAGCUCUGGAGUCGUUACUUUGAAAACAGCAUUGGACAGAGAGCUAACAGAUGAAUACCAGAUUACUGUAACAGUCUCAGAUGGGAUAAAUCCAGUGGUACAACAAAACCCAACCAUCUUCAUAACUGAUGCCAACGACAACAGUCCAGUGUUCCAGGGUAUUCCUUAUGAAGUGGAUGUCAAUGAGAACUACUUUGACAUGACCCAAACCAGCAUAUUCAGAGUGAGGGCAACUGAUGCAGACCAAGGGAUAGGUGGAACUGUGUCCUACUAUCUAGAGGCUGGAGAUGAAACAAAGUUUGGGGUUGACAGGCCGACAGGAGUUGUGAACUUAAAGGAAGAGCUAGACUAUGAGUCAUCAUCUGUUUAUCAACUCCGAAUCAGAGCUCAGGAUGGAGGAGGCAGCUUAAAUGGAAACCAAGUUUUCAAGACCAGCACCACUGUCCUGAUAGUGAAUGUUGUUGAUGAGGAUGAUCAGCCUCCUCUGUUCUUGGGACAGCCUUUCUCAACACAAGUCAAUGAGGACACCCCACUGGGUACAUCUAUCAUAACUAUCAAUGCCAGAGAUGGAGACUAUGGCAUCAAUAAUCCAAUUGUUUGUUCCACCGAAGGGGAUGAUGGCACCUUCUCCAUUGAUUCCACCACUGGAGUGAUCAGUCUUGCCAAGACGCUGGACAGAGAGAGCAAGAGGGACGAAGGAGGAGUCUAUAGUUUUGAUGUGCAGGCCAGAGAAAACAGCAGUGAUGCCAGAUCCACCAACACCAGCGUACGUAUCACCGUGGUAGACGUGAAUGACCAGAUCCCCACGUUCUACAAUGGCAGCGGAGACUCUCCCCAGGACUACUUCACAGCCACCAUUCCUGAGGGCACGUCAGCUGGUAUUCCCCUGGGAGGUCUGGACAUGAGGGUGGAGGAUAAUGAUGAGGGUGACAAUGGAAGGUUUACACUGACCCUAGAUGAAGAAGGCAGCAAGUAUUUCCAGGUGGUGCCGAGUACUGUUUAUGGACAGGCUGCAGUGAACAUCCGAGUCAAGAACUCCGGACUUCUGGACUAUGAGACACUACAAUCUGUGCAGUUCAAAGUCAUUGCAAGAGAAGACAUGGCAGCUGAGCAUUUCAGCAGUAAUGUCACAGUUCUGGUGACAUUAGAGGAUACCAACGACAACUCUCCAGUGUUCAGCCAGUCUAAGUAUGACCUGACUGUAGCCGAGAACUCUCCAGAUGGGACUGUUGUAGGAACUAUCACGGCAACAGAUUUGGACUCUGGUGAAUUUGCUGAAAUUACCUACAGUUUGCAAGGGAGCGGGAGUGACAAAUUUGCCGUCAACAACCUAACAGGUCAGAUAACGGUUGCCCAGGGCAACCAGCUGGACAGAGAGACCAUCCCGCUGUACUUCCUCACCCUGCUGGCAGAGGAUGGCGGCGGGCGCGCAUCCAACGUGCAACUCCAGAUUACCCUGACGGAUGUUAACGACAACGCACCAGCUUUCCAGAGAUCAUCCACCUUCAAAGUCUACAUCCAGGAGGAUGCCACCAGUUUUGAUGAACCUUUACAAGUUCAGGCUGUUGACAGGGAUGAGGGCAUCAACCAAAACAUCACGUACUCCAUCAUUGAUGGAAAUGAUAUGAACAACUUCACCAUUGAUGAAGACAGUGGCAUCAUCAGCCUGACACAGCCACUGGACUACGAGGCACUCAAUGGUCCAGAUGAGUUCCACCUGGUUGUUCAAGCAAUGGAUGAAGGACAGCCCCCUCUAAACUCCACAACAACUGUUAUUGUAGUUGUUGAGGACAUAAACGACAAUGACCCAGUGUUCCAGCAGAAUGUGGUGAAUGCCACUGUACCAGAGGAUGCUCCGGGAGACACUCCUGUGGUAAAGUUAAAUGCAACAGAUGAGGACAGCGGUUUCAAUGGGAGGAUAGACUACCGCAUUGCAUCAGGGUCUAAAGACAAGUUCUACAUCACCAACGAUGGAGAAAUCAAGGUGUCGCCAGGUGGAAGGGUUCCCUUGGAUCGGGAUCUGUACGGGGACGGUUACACCCUCGUGGUCUCCGCUACGGACCGCGGGAAUCCCGAUCAGAAGACCGGCACCGCAACCCUCUACGUCACCAUCGAAGACAUCAACAACAAGGAUCCAGUCUUCACCCCUUCGGAGAAGACUGACUCCCUGCCAGAAUACCCCGACACCCCUUACCCAUCUAAACUGGCCGACAUGUCCGCUGUGGACUCUGAUGUGGACAGCAACCUUGAGUACACGAUAACCUCCAUCACGGCACAGGAUGAGAACGGACAAGUCAAGACUGUGGACCCAGACUUGUUCAACAUCACCAACACGGGUGAGGUGUGGGUGAAUGGGGAACUGGACAGGGAGUUUGCAGAAGACUACGUCCUCAGGCUUGAGGUGAACGACACUGCAGCACCAUGGCCAAAGGAGCAAACCGCAACAGCCACUCUGACUAUCAUACUCCAGGACGUGAAUGACAAUGCUCCAGAGUUCAGCAGUGAUGAGAUAGAACAGAACAUCCAGGAGCAGCUGCCGGUUGGUCAGCUGCUGGCCACCAUCACUGCCAACGACCCGGACAAAGGUCCCAAUGGUCAAGUGAUGUUCAGCUUGACCGGCACUACCCUCCUGGCCAUAGACAGUUCAACAGGACAAAUCAAGGUGAACAACACCAUUGACAGGGAAGACGGCCAGUGGCUUAACUUCACUGUGAUAGCAAAAGAUGGCGGCAACCCUCCCAGAUCAACCAACAAGACUUACCACUGGAGAGUUUCUGACACCAAUGACAACGAUCCAAAGUUUGAACAACCAUCCUACCGUGGGGAAGUGUCGGAAAAUGCAACUGUCGGAACAUCUGUGUUGGCUGUCACUGCGACUGAUGCUGAUUUUGGGAGUUUCGGGACUGUACGAUACACAUUGGUUCCUAGGGAUAGCAACUUUACUAUUGAUGAAAUCUCGGUAAGUAUUUCCAUUGAAUUUAAUACUUGGGAAAGUUGGGAUGUGACGAUAACGUUGCUGGAUGUGAAUGAUGAAGCUCCAACCUUCUCCCAGAAGUUGUACACUGAGUACAUCCAGGAGGAUGUGGUUGGAGGCACGUCUAUCAUCACUCUCCAGGCAGUGGACAGAGACUCAACUGGGCCAAACAGUCAGAUAGAGUACACCAUUGUGGAUGGCAAUGCAGAUGGAGUGUUCACAAUAGAUCGUGAUUCAGGGGAAAUGGAAACAGUGAAACCGCCGGGUCUGGCUCCUGGACAGGAUUUCAACAUAACAGUUCUAGCCUCUGACAAAGGCAGUCCAAUUAUGUCCAGCACCACCAUUGUUAGGGUCAAGAUCUUGGACACCAACGACAAUCCUCCAAUCUUUGUCUACCCGUCAGCCAACGCCACAAUAAAAGUACUUGAGAACGAACCUGUGGGUACUUUUGUGGUGAGACUUCACGCCACAGAUGAAGACGAGGCUCAAAACGGGAACGUGACGUACUAUUUUGACCCCAGCGAUGAAUACAACGGAGACAGGGCUAACUUCACCCUGGACGCCAUCAGUGGUAACCUGACAACUAAAGUUGUCUUGGACAGAGAGGAGAAGGCUCAGUAUGUUCUGCAUAUUCAAGCCAAGGAUGCAGGCUUCCCCCCUCUGACAGGGAACACAGUGGUAAGAGUGCAGGUUGGAGAUGUGCCUGAUACAGACCCUGUGUUUAACCGACCACUAGACCCUGUGACAGGAGAAGUUGUCCCGCAGACACUAACAGUUGAUGAGAACCUUGCCCCUGGCUCUCCGGUCGGGGCUGUACUGAAUGCAGUAGAUGCUGAUGAGGGAGCUACAAUAUUCUACUACAUAGUCGGAGGAGAUCCCGAUGGCUACUUUAACCUAAACAAGACCACAGGAAUGAUCACUACAACAAGAACAUUUGACAGGGAAGCUCAGGCUAGCUACACCCUGGUGGUGAAGGCCAGUAAUAAUGCAAGCUAUGUUGUUCCAGCUGGCAACAGAAGGAAACGAGAUAUCGCGUAUGACCCGACAGAUCUGACGUUACAAGAGGUCAUCAUCGAAAUCGGAGAUAUGAAUGACGAAGCUCCAAGGUUCACAAAGAGACAAUACUCUGCAGGUAUCACAACACAGUUCCAGUUUGGAGAUGCUGUAACAGUGGUGACGGCCAUUGACCCUGACGCUGGCAACAACAGUGUAGUGACCUACAGCAUCGACCGCCAACAGUACUUUGACAGGGACGGCGAGGGGAACCUCAUGAGUACACCAACAGACGCAUCCGGAACCUUCAAUAUCGAGUCCGACACGGGUCAGAUCGUGACCGGCAAGGUGUUCAGUAGUGAUGAGAAGGGCUACUACACCCUGCAAGUCUCCGCGAGGGAUGUCGGGGGCAAGAGAGAUAAUGCCUCAGUCGAAAUCUACCUACUGCGUGAGGACCAAAGGGUGAAGAUUGUGUUCCAGAGGACCCCUGAUGAAGUUAGGGCUUUCAAGGAUGAAUUUGCUGCACUACUCUCCAACAUCACAGGGGCCAUUAUCAAUGUGGAUGACAUCCAGUUCCACACAACCGAUGACCAACAAACAGAUGAGUUGAGGACAGACAUGUUUAUCCAUGGAGUUGACAAAGCAACUGGCCUCAUCAUGGACAAGGAGAAACUCAUAGAGCUAAUUGACGCAAACUACGAGUUCUUGGUACGUCUGUUACGGGACUAUAACGUGGUAGAGUACCAGGUUGCCGUGCCGGCCAAGGCGGACGUGACGUACGAUAACUUGAUCAUCGCGAUUGCCGCGCUGACCGGCAUCCUGGUUAUCAGUGUCGCUCUCAUCGCAACUGUCUGCACCUGCUGGACCACCAAGUUGAGGCGUGAGUUGCGAGCGUCCCAGGCCAUGCUGUAUAGUACCAAGGACGUCAUCCCUGACCUGACAGAGAAGGAUGCUCUACAGGUUCCAGGAACCAACCAGUUUGCCAUUGAUGGUUCCAACCCAAUGUGGGGAAAGGAGGUCUAUGUCAAUGAGAUUGCAGAAGAGUCAGACAGUGAUGAUUCCCUAGAUGACAAUGAGGUUGAUGUGAAAAGUCCACAGCCACGCCCCAUGGAUGACUUUGGUGAUGAGCAGGAAAUCACGGUUAACCUAUACAAUGACGAGUAUGACAACUACACCAAGUUCCCGCCCGGCUACGCCAACGGAAAUUUUAUCCUAGACGCUGCGCUAAAGGAGCACGAAGACGCCAAGAAAAACGGGCCCCAUAGGAACUUCCGGGACCUAAAUUUGGAAACAACAGAAAUAUAGCCAGCACCAGUGCUGGACUACUGUACAUCCUGAAGCUUUUGCGGUGGUUUUAUUCUCGCGGUGACCACUCCACCUCAAGUUUAUAACACUGCAAAUAUGCAUCCCUUGUAUGAUCUACCAGUCACUACAGAAUUGUUUCAACUUUGUAUUUUCAAACACUAGGAAACUUUUCCUUUUUCUUUCUACCGCGAAACAGAACCACCACAAAAGUUAAUUGAUUUACAGCAAGUCCCAGAUAUAGCUACUUAGCUUAUCUAUUAAAAACCCCAGACUGCCAAAGAUGGGACUGCGUUAGUCAACAAAUAGAUACAGUGUAUUAUAAUAAUAAUAACACAGUAACUUCUCGAAUAUACACGCUAUAAACCACCUUAAAGAGAUCUUAAAACGACCGCAUAAGAUAAUGUCUGUUGACUAGCUGCAUAAUUCAUGCAGGCCUCUAAUGUUAGAAAAAUGAUACUGUCAAACUGUCAUUCAGUCAAAAGACUGUCAUACCCAGUAUGAGUGUAAAUAACUUUCCUUUGUCACCAGUUUGUGUCACAAUCACUGAUGAUAUUUUCAGCAAGCACUAUAUUUUGUCUGCCUGACAUACACAUUGUACUUAUACAGAUUGUUGUUCAAUUUUUUAAAAUGAUUAAUAUGUUCUUGCCAAUAGUAAAGGUGACUGCAAUUUUCCCCAUUCCAGUAAAAAUUAUCAACCAUAACUUGUUACAGGUGCCUUUGUAAGAAUAUCAUCAUGAUGAUUUCUGUUCUCUUUGUAUAAAACACUUCUCAGGAGUUAUUUUCCUCAAAUAACAUGUACCAAAAUGCACUGUGAUUAUACUGUGGUAGGACUAUAUAAGAAUAGUUUCUUGACAGUCUUGUAGAAUAGUAAGACUGUGUUUCUGCUCAAACAAUCAUUCCUCUGCAUAUCUUAUGAUAGGCUGGUUAACAGUUUGAAUUUCACACAAGCACUUGGGGAAGGCUGAAUGGCCCCUUGUUGUAAGAAGUUCUUAUAUAGACCAUCCUUGAUACCAUGUAUAGAUGGGUUUUGUCGGUUUCAUGAGCCUUCAGUUUUGCUUCACAACUGCAAAUGUACACUUCAAAAUAUGAACCAGCUUAUUCUUGCAAACUUGAUAAUCAAGAUGACAGUAUUAAGGAACCAUGUUUAGAUUGUGCCUUAGUGGGAUCAUCUAUUGUGAAGAAGAGAUGUUACAAUUUUAUAGAAAUGUUUAUUUUAAAUGACCGCAGUAUCAGAAUAACUUGUUUUAAAGCGUCCUGUGAGUUUUAUACAAAAUUCAAAACCAAAAUCUAGAUGAAUAAUAACUGUAUGAACAAGUUAAACAUCUGUUUUAAUUUGUUUGAUCAAGUUGCAAAUAUUGUAUAUAGUAGAUGGUCAACUUCUCUCCUAUAUAACAUGCACUUUUGAAUCACAUAGUGCCUUUAUUUUUCACUAUUGCACUCCGCUGUCUUCCUACAAGUGUCUUUAAAAAGUUUUGCUCUGCUGCAUAAAAUUACAUCACUUACAUAUAAAGUUCAGAGCAUUAUCAUAUGAAUUCUAAUGGAAAGUUGCUGUGACUGUAAGGAUUAGAAAGUUGACAAUCUUCCUCAAUGGCCUAGAGUUAUACAAAUAUCUAUCAGUAGAAGGUAAAGCAGUUGGGACUGGUGCCCAGCAAUGCCUAUUAAAUUUUUAUGCUCCUUUGUUUUUUUAAAUGUAUGUUUUAUUUGAAUGUAUAUAUAAUGUAGUUUUACCUUUUGAUGGUGUCCUCGAGUUUGUAUGAAUUUAGUUCUUGCAAAUCAAUAAAGCCAAUUUUAUCCA